UCGUAUUUGUCUAUCCCUACAUUUUUAACAUAUUUUAUGUGUUUCUCGUUUUCUCUACACUCUGCAGUGAUAUUUCUUCAAAUUGUAGGAAAAUAUUAAAAACUUAUGUGUUAAAAAAUGGCAAAGGAAAUUAAAUUGUUUGCACAGUGCCGUGGACUAUUCAGUCAAGUCCGGCAUUUGCAUGCAACAGCUGCGGUUGCAGCUGCACAACCUCGACUAAAGAAAUUCCAAAUAUAUCGAUGGAAUCCAGAUGCAAAUGAAAAACCACAUAUGCAAGAGUAUGAAUUGGAUUUAAAUAGUUGUGGUCCGAUGGUGUUGGAUGCAUUAAUUAAAAUUAAAAAUGAUGUAGAUCCAACAUUAACGUUCCGACGAUCGUGUCGGGAAGGCAUCUGUGGAUCAUGUGCAAUGAAUAUUGGUGGUGUGAACACACUGGCUUGCAUCAGUAAGAUCGAUACAAGUUCCAGUUCAGCUACAAAAAUCUAUCCCUUACCUCAUAUGUAUGUUGUCAAAGAUUUAGUGCCAGAUAUGAAUCACUUUUAUAAUCAGUACAAGUCGAUUCAACCGUGGUUACAAAGAGAUAACGAAAAAAUUGGAAGCCAACAGUAUUUACAAAGUGUGGAUGAUCGUAAAAAAUUGGAUGGAUUAUACGAAUGUAUAUUAUGCGCCUGUUGUUCAACAUCAUGCCCCAGCUAUUGGUGGAAUGGCGAUCGUUAUUUGGGACCUGCUGUUCUUAUGCAAGCAUAUCGUUGGAUAAUUGAUUCUCGCGACGAAGCAACUGCUAAUCGUUUAGAAAAAUUACGCGAUCCAUACAGUGUAUAUCGAUGCCACACAAUUAUGAAUUGUUCCAAGACAUGCCCCAAGGGUUUGAAUCCAGGAAAAGCUAUUGCAGAAAUUAAAAAACUAUUGUCUGGAAUAAUACAAAAGGACAAACCUGGUUUAGAUACAGCGGCUCUACAAUAAUUCUAACAUAAAUUUUAGAAUGAGGUUUAAGGGAUUUUAGUAUUCAAUAUUCUUUUUUGCACCACAAACAACUACCUACGGUGUUGAAUUCGUUCACCCAUCAAAACGACAGUAAUUUUUAUGUAUUUUUGUUUGAAUUUUAAAUAAACUUUAAUUUAUUUCA